UUAAAUUGGUAUAUAUUACAAUUGUAAUAACCAACAUUACUUGUGUAGAGAAAAGUUACGAAAAGAAAUAGAGAUUUUCAGGGAAGUAGUAUAAAAUCCUCAUAGAUUAAAAUAAGCUGCUUUGACAGGUUUUGUGGCGGCUAGAGCUGUAUAGACUGGUGGAGGCAAGCGGGAUCGAACCGCUGACCUUCUGCGUGCAAAACAGAUGCUCUACCAGCUGAGCUAUACCCCCAGGUAAUUCUUGCUUAAAGCAUAAAUCACUCAGGCUGAAAUGCAAGAAAUAUUUAUCUAUUAGGCUAUUGCUAAAUAGUGUACAAAUUCUGCAGGGUGUACACACUUCUCUAUUUUUUUGUCUCCUUAGCGUUAUACGUCACACCAUCCAAAUAAAUCUGUGAACUGAAAAUUAACAAGAAGUUUUCCUUUAAAAAUUUUUUAACUAAAUUAUCACUAACGCAGUAUAUUAUAUAAUUCAUUUAACCACACAUGAAAAUUUUAGUUUGAUUAAAACGGAUAAAAACUGUAUUGAUGUUUAGUAUAGCUGAAAAAUGAAAUGAUCCCGUAGCUCAGCCGGUAGAGCAACUGACUUUUAAUCAGUGGGUCACGCGUUCGAAUCGCGUCGGGAUCACUCACAAAUUUUGAAAAACAUGCUAAAAGAACAAGACAAAAUAUUCACCAACCUAAAUGGUAAAGAAACUCCACUACUUGAGGGUGCAAAAAAACGUGGUGGUUGGCAAAAAACAAAGGAAUUACUGGAUUUAGGAUCAGAAAAAAUCAUUGAUGAAGUAAAGAAAUCUGGCUUGAGAGGUCGAGGGGGUGCAGGAUUUUCCACCGGCCUUAAGUGGAGCUUUAUGCCCAAAAAUCUCCCAAAAGCAUAUUUAGUAGUCAAUGCAGAUGAGUCAGAACCUGGUACAUGUAAAGAUAGAGAUAUAUUGCGAUAUGAGCCACAUAAGUUACUUGAGGGAAUUCUCCUGGCCAGCAGAGCGAUCAGCGCAUCAGUUGCGUAUAUUUAUAUCAGGGGUGAAUUUUAUAAUGAAUAUUUAGUUCUGAAAAAAGCACUUGAGGAAGCCUAUAAAGAAAACUUAAUUGGAAAAAAUGCCUGCAAAUCAGGUUAUGAUCUUGAUGUGUUUAUCCAUAGGGGUGCUGGAGCUUACAUAUGUGGAGAAGAAACAGCUCAACUUGAAUCAAUUGAAGGAAAAAAGGGCUUUCCUCGCAUGAAGCCUCCAUUUCCCGCAGGUGUUGGACUUUUUGGCUGCCCAACCACAAUAAACAACGUUGAAACUAUAGCCAUGGUUCCAGAUAUUCUAAAUCGCGGAGGAGAAUGGUUUACAUCUCUUGGUAAACCAAAUAAUACUGGUACCAAGGUCUUUUGUAUUUCAGGACAUGUAAACAACCCGUGUAAUGUUGAAGAAGAGCUCGGAAUUCCAUUACGUGAAUUAAUUGAAAAAUACGCAGGUGGAGUGCGAGGAGGUUGGGAUAAUUUACUUGCUGUAAUACCUGGUGGGUCUUCAGCGCCAUUAAUUCCAAAAUCUAUAUGCGAUACUAUUGAAAUGGAUUUUGAUUCAUUAAGAACUGCACAAUCAGGGCUUGGUACUGCUGCUGUAAUAGUGAUGGAUAAAUCAACUGAUAUAAUAGCUGCAAUAGAGAGGUUAUCACACUUUUAUAUGCAUGAGUCCUGUGGACAAUGCACACCAUGCCGUGAAGGUACUGGAUGGAUGUGGAGGAUUAUGAAGAGGAUGGUGGCAGGAGAUAUUAAACCUGAUGAAAUAGAUAAGCUGCUUGACCUUACAACUCAAAUAGAAGGACAUACAAUUUGCGCGCUUGGCGAUGCUGCAGCUUGGCCGAUUCAAGGAUUAAUAAGACAUUUUCGCCAUGUUAUCAAAGAGAGAGCGAUAAUUUAACUUUACUUAUACUUCUUAAGCCGUUUUGCUACUUAGCAACCAGAGCUAAAAAAUAUUGAUUCC